AUGGACCAACUCCUGCAAGAACUGGUGGAUCGAAUCUGUCGCAAUCUCGAUGUCCGAGACCUGAAAACUACGCUGUUGUUCUCCCGGAAAUUCCAAUUCUUGUCAGAGAGUUAUUCUGAAAUCUUCACCAGGAGAGUUUUAACCACCUCCACUGCUCAAAAGUUCAUCAGUACCUACACCAGCCAUCGACUUCUCUACCUCUGCCAGGUGGAGUUCAGGCCUACUCAUCCA